GCAUCCCUGAGCUACCACUUUCACCUGUUCGGUAGUUCUUUUUUCAGCAAUUUAUCAUCAUGGCAUCCUUCGCCAACCCCACACAGAUCUUUGCGGACGAUGUUAUUGAGGAGAAAGGAGAGAAUGCACGUCUCUCGGCCUUCGUCGGCGCCAUCGCCGUCGGAGAUCUCGUUAAGAGCACAUUAGGUCCCAAGGGCAUGGACAAGAUUUUACAAUCAGCGUCCACCGGAGAAAUACUCGUUACAAACGACGGUGCCACGAUCCUCAAAGCCAUUGCCCUUGAUAACGCCGCUGCAAAAGUACUAGUCAACAUUUCCAAGGUCCAGGAUGACGAAGUUGGUGAUGGGACAACCUCCGUGACGGUGUUGGCCGCCGAGCUGCUGCGGGAAGCCGAAAAGCUUGUCAACCGCAAGAUUCACCCACAGACUAUCAUCGAAGGAUACCGUAUUGCCAGCCGUGCUGCCCUCGAUGCUCUCGACAAGGUUGCUGUUGACCGCAGUGACGACAUGGAGAAGUUCCGCAAAGACCUCCACUCGAUUGCCCGCACUACCCUCAGCUCUAAGGUCCUGGCCCAGGACCGCGACCAGUUCGCUGCUCUUGCCUGCGAUGCCGUUCUUCGACUUCGGGGCUCAACCGACUUGAGCCACAUCCAGAUCAUCAAAAAAGCCGGCGGAAAGCUCAGUGACUCUUACCUCGACGAGGGUUUCAUUCUUGAUAAGAAGAUUGGUGUCAACCAACCGAAGCGCCUGGAAAAUGCUAAGAUUCUUGUUGCAAACACAGCGAUGGACACAGAUAAGGUGAAGAUCUUCGGAGCGCGCGUGAAGGUCGAGUCAACAGGGAAGUUGGCGGAAUUGGAGAAGGCAGAGCGUGAGAAGAUGAAGGCCAAGGUUGAGCGGAUCAAGGCACACGGGAUCAACUGCUUUGUCAACCGACAACUCAUUUACAACUGGCCCGAACAGCUGUUCACCGAGGCUGGUAUCAUGUCAAUCGAGCACGCCGACUUUGACGGCAUUGAGCGACUGGCGCUGGUUACCGGUGGAGAGAUCGCCUCGACUUUCGACCACCCCGACCAGGUCAAGCUGGGGUCUUGUGACCUGAUCGAGGAGGUCAUUAUUGGCGAAGAUACCCUCAUCAAAUUCUCCGGCGUAGCUGCUGGCCAAGCUUGCACAAUCGUUCUCCGCGGCGCCACAGAGCAACUUCUCGACGAAGCCGAGCGUUCGCUGCACGAUGCUCUGGCAGUACUGUCUCAGACCGUCAAGGAUCCCCGAGUGACUCUUGGUGGUGGAUGCGCAGAGAUGGUCAUGUCCAAGGCUGUCGAGCAGGCUGCCCAGAACACCACGGGUAAGAAGCAACUUGCUGUCGAUUCGUUCGCACAUGCUCUCAAGCAGCUUCCUACAAUUUUGGCCGACAAUGCCGGUCUCGAUUCAAGUGACCUUGUUACCCGACUACGAACCGCGAUCAACAACGGUAUGACGAGCUCUGGGCUGGAUCUGCUCACACCUGGCGGUGGCAUUGCCGACAUGCGCGAGUUGGGUGUUGUGGAGAGCUACAAAUUGAAGAAGGCUGUUGUGUCGUCUGCUUCGGAAGCAGCUGAGCUUCUCCUCCGUGUGGACAACAUUAUCCGCGCCGCUCCUCGUCGACGUGACCGGAUGUAAAUGAGGUGGAGUUGAAUAAAUAAUUAGGUACUAAUCAAACAAGAUACACUUGAUAUCUAUGCUAGGGGGUCUCUUGAAAAAUUAGAUUUUGAUCUUCCAAAAAAGCA